UAAAAGUAAACGCACAUUCAUUUCUUUGUAACAUUUAGAAAAGCGUGGACAUACAUUGUAUAACACAUUUCAAAAUGGCGGUCCAUUAUGUAGGAGUACUUGUAGCAUUGUUUGCUGCGUCUACUACUGCACAUAAAUUAAAUCAGCUUAGUAAAAAAGUGAAUUUACUUGAAGCAAAAGUUGAUUACGAAAUGCUGAACCUGAAGCAUGAUAUUGAGACUGUCGUGGUAAACGUAAGUGACAUGAUGUCAGGCGAUUUUUGUGGCAUAUGUGUUAAUAACACUAAUACAGUUUUAACCAAAUCUGAUGCAGACAAUAACCAAGGGGGACUCACAAGACAGGAAAAAGGUGACACAAGCAAAAUGCAAGGUUUCAAAUUACAAAUUCGACAGGCCUUUGCUAAAGAGAAACUUUUCCUGGAUGAGUUUAAAACGGAUAUCACGGAGAAGACAACACGAAUAGAAACUAAAUUUGACGACUUUAAGCAAUUACUCAGAGAAAGUGAUUCGAAACAAGAGCAUAUGCUUGGACGCACUGCCCAAUUGUCUGAAGGAGUUGAUGCACUAAAUGCUUCAUUAAAUGAGUCAAACGAAAAUACCGCACAUCUUGAGACAGAAAUGGCGAAAAUGAAAAAAGAAAAUGUUGAAGUGGGAGGCAUGUUAAAAGAGGUCGAAAACACUCUUACUAGAAUGAACCAAAAUUACGAAAGUAUGAAGUCAGAUGUAAAUAAUCUUAAAAGAGCAUUUAACGAAACUUUGGUUGAUAUGGCGGAAUCAAUUGACAUGAUCAAGAAAAUGUUUUCUAAAGGACGCACUGCUUGUAUCGACCUAAAUGGUAAAAUACUGAAUACAAAUUGUUACGUAAAGCUUGAUGGAGUAUAUAAUUUUGCAAAAGCUGUCCAGAAAUGUUCAGACCUGAUAUCGUGGGAUCACUCAAAGGUGGUUGAGAUCGAAUCUAGAGAAGAGAACGAUUUUAUUGCUAAGAAUUUCGACAACGAGGAGAUAUGGUUGGGUGGAUCUGACAAGAACUCUGAGGGAACCUGGUACUGGAUUUCGGAUCGGCGUGUUUGGACGAGGGAUGAUUUCAAGGCUUGGAAUAUACGGGAACCUAAUAAUGAUAACGGCGGUGAGGACUGUAUGCACUUACAAUCUGGCGGAAAGUGGAACGAUGGACACUGUCACAUUCAGAUGACGGUUGUUUGUGAAUUUAAAUUAGAUUAGAUCUGAUUGAAUUUGAACUUGUUUGUUAGAGUAUGUUAUUUGUAAGUAAUUAUUUUAAAAUAACAUAUUAAUGUUACCAAACUGUGAAUCUGUAUAAUGUGACAGAUUUAGUGCAUUUGAGUAUUGCUAUUGACAUAUACAACUCAAAUUUUAAGUUGAGGUGUUUUUUUCAUUUAUUUUUCACAAAGUGUACAUAUCAAAAUACAGUUCCAAAUUCAAAAAUCUUUAAAACAAUUCUAUGUAUUUUGUGUAAGGAUAACCGUGUAUGUAAAAAUAAGUCUCACGCAAACGCCCAAACACUCGAACACCAGAGCGCACAUAAAAAAACACGCGCACCCAACUCCGCAUACACACAAACACAUACACAUGCAUACACAAACGUACGUGCGAUGUGCAUAUGAUCGAUAUCCCCUAUACUGUCUUAUGUUUUCCAAAAGACAAAUUUGAAAAUAAAAAUAAAGUUCUACGAUUUAUGUUAUUUAAGAACGUUUCUGACCUUUUAAAUGCUUUUGUGUCUUUAAUAGAUAAGUAUCGUUGGUAGAUUAAGUAUUUCACAGUUUUUAUUAUGGGUUUCAUAUUAGUCGUUGUUCAACACUAUUUGUCUUUUUAUUAACCAGGUUUUCAACGAAAACCGGGUUAUUAGAAUGGGGUUGUCGUUGGGCGGGCGGGCGGGCGUCAAACAUUGGUUUCUGUUCAAUAACUUUAGUUAGCAUUGAUAGAUAUUGAUGAAACUUGGUGUGUAGGUAGCUUAUGGGAGGAGCUAGAUUGGGAUUGCUUUUGAGGGGGAUGGGGCUAAGGUCAAGGUCACUGUUAUUAAAAAUAGAAAAAUGGUUUCUGCCCAAUAACUUUAGUUAGCAUUGAUAGAUAUUGACGAAACUUGGUGUGUAAGUUGCUUAUGUGAAGAGCUAGCUUGGGAUUGCUUUUGAGUGGGGAGGGCUAAGGUCAAGGUCACUAUAACUAAAAAUAGAAAAAUGGUUUCCGCCCAAUAACUUUAGUUAGGAUGGACAGAUAUUGAUGAAACUUGGUGUGUAGGUAGCAUGUGAAGAGCUAGCUUGGGAUUGCUUUAGAGUGGGGAGGGGCUACGGUCAAUGUCAAAGUUACUUGAAAUAGAAAAAUGUUUUUUGCCAAAUAACUUUUGAUAGCAUUGAUAGAUAUUGAUUAAACUUGAUGUGUGGGUAGCUUAUGUAAAGAGCUAGCUUGGGAUUGCUUUUGAGGGGGGUGGGGCUAAGGUCAAGGUCACUGUUACUAAAAAUUUAAAAAUGGUGUCCGCCCAAUAACUUUAGUUAGCAUUGAUAGAUAUUGAUAAAACUUGGUGUGUAGGUAGCUUAUGUGAAGAGCUAGCAUGGGAUUGCUUUUGAGGGGGGUGGAGCUAAGGUCAAGGUCACUGUUACUAAAAAUAGAAAAUGGUAUCUGCCCAAUAACUUUAGUUAGGAUUGAUAGAUAUUGACGAAAGUUUGUGUGUAGGUACUAGUAGCUUAUGUGAAGAGCAAGCUUGGAAUUUCUUUUGAGGGGGGUGGGGUCAAGGUCACUGUUACUAAAAAUAGAAAAAUGGUUUCUGCCCAAUAACUUUAGUUAGGAUUGAUAGAUAUUGACGAAAGUUUGUGUGUAGGUACUAGUAGCUUAUGUGAAGAGCAAGCUUGGAAUUUCUUUUGAGGGAGGUGGGGUCAAGGUCACUGUUCCUAAAAAUAGAAAAAUGUUUUUCUGCCCAACAACUUAGUUAGAAUUGAUGGAUAGUGAUGAAUCUUAGUGUGAAUAUAGCUUAUAUGAAGCUGCAGAUUGAACUUGCUAUACAACAAAUUAAUUGGCUAUAAUUUCUGAUUGCCCAUAACAAAAACCUGGUUUCGUCGCAUUGCGGCGCUUCUAGUUUUAAGCCUUAGUUUCAAAUACAUCAAGUAUGCAUCAAAGGGUAGUAUUCUAUAACUAUACCAGGUUGAGUGUAUGUAAAAUUUCAUUAAACUAAUAAUGACGCGACAAGUGUUAUUGUAUUUGUUUUUUAUCCAUGGUUUCCAGUAGGCUUCACUAAAGAGUCGAAACUCGUUAUGUCGAGGUCGUCGGGACCAAAGAAAAUAGUUCGAGAUAACGAACAUUCGACAUAUCCGAAAUACAAAAAUAUAGCACCUAACCUAUAAUAUUUGGUUUAAACAGUAUUUAUUCUAUAUAAGUACAUUUAGAAAAUACGUUCAUUACCCUAUAAUAACCCUAUUAUAUUUGACCACAGGGAUUGAAAUACAAUGUGGAGAUAGUGACAAAAUCGAGAUAGGAAAAUCGACAUAAGCGGUAUAUUUUAUAUACAGAAAAAAGGAAUGAAUUUGGGACCGAGGAAAAAGUUCGACACGUCCGGGAAAUCUUGAUACCAAAUAUCAACAUAGCGAGUAUGGACUGUAUUAAUCUUUGUUGGAGCUUUAAAAGGUUUAAUUUAUUCCGUAGUUGUGUUUCAUAACACUCCCAGUUAAAAUGUUCAAUACCUGAAUUAUAGAAUGUACAUAAGCAACAAUUGACAUGCUUCAGCUUAAAAAGCAGUUUGUUUGUUUGUAUUAUUCUUAAAAGAAAAUUGUAGUUUCAAUUUUGUUAUGUAGUAUCUAUUUUAGAUUUGUUGGUGACCUAACAAUCCUUGAUAAACAUACCUAGUUUUUUAUACAGUAUGUAUGCACUGUGCUGCUUGUGGAGUUUUGUGCUGUUCUUCCAUGUUUCUUGUUUGUGAUUUUAUGUUCUAUGUCUUUGGCAUUUACCCAGUGUUAUUAAACCGGGUUUAUGUUUAAACUUUUUGCUACUUAGCUUGUUUUUGUAGCUUUUCGCAUAAAUAUUGUAUAUAUAACAGUAUGUAAUUUUCUAUUCAAAAUUCUCAUCUGUAUUUGCCAGGGUUUCAGUUCAUUUUAAUACUAAGGCUGUCGUCUGUGUGGUUUGUUCCAUCUUUGAUCAAUUGUAUCUUCGUUUAUGUCGGAAUUUAUUGUAUGGGAGUCUGAUAUUUCAUGAACACGGUGCUCCCUAUGCCGAAUAAAUAUUCAAUUUGAUUAAAAUCAUGAACACAUAUGUUCGAUUAUCGAAAAUAAGUACAAAAUGUUUAACACCUUUUUCUUACCACUGUUUUUAGAAUAGCGUAUUUCUAUAUAUUUUUUGUAAACACUUUUGUUUUUCCAUAUUACCGUUUUGACUAAUUUAUUGCUGCAUGCUCUGAGAAAAUCAUUCAGGAAUGUUGAGAUUUAGCCAACAGUUGUUGGGGCGCAUUGCGUAUUCGAAAUGCAGCGAUACUGUGUGUACAAGAAGGCCAGCGGCGUAGAUACGCCAAAAAAAGAUGUGAAUGUCAAAAUAAUGGGAAGAUGUUUUUUUUAAUACUUUGCUGGAGCUUUUACCACCAUAUUGAACUUGAUCUACAAUAAAUAUGCUAAACUAAACUUGUAGUGCCUUCGUGAGGAUGAUCCAUUGCUAGUAUAGACUUUAUGUGAUGCCAUUUUUUAGUUUGAAUUUUCAUUGACUAUUUAAAAGUCGAUAAAUCCGAUUGUAUAUUACGACGAUUAAUUGAAAUUGGCGUAAAAUGCCAGUAACAGUUACAAGAGCAUGGUCUGAGUCAACUUGACACAGGACUAUAAGCCAAUUUUAACUUUUCAAAUUUAUGAUGUUUCACUCUGGGUCUAGCUUUUGUCGACACACACAAUGUAAGUGCUUAAUAUAUUUAUUAGUCUAGUUAAAACAAGUGCCCAUUGGCCAUGUGGGGCUUCCAAGUCCGUAGACGAAUCGUACGACAGGUUAGCAGGAAGCAAAAAGGACAUGUUUGUCGUUAAAUGUCAUGAAUAAAGACAUGUACGUUGAGAGAGAGAGAGAGAGAGAGAGAGAGAGAGAGAGAGAGAUGGCACAUACUUAUCAACUUUGUGAUUUUAUAGAUAACAUUUCUAGAAAUUGGCAGACUGGAGUGGAACGCCUCGUUUUCGAGAAAUGACUUUUUUUAAAAAUGGCUCUUUUCAAAGUAGGAGCAAUUAUAGUAUACAUGUAUUUGCACCAAAAUGGAUACCCUGUUUAUAGUUUGUAUAUUUAAAAUGUGAAAGGCUCGUGAUCAGUACAGUAUAUAUACAGUAUAGACGGAGAAGUCAACACGAAUGGAACCUUAAAUGGACGACUUCAAGCAAUUAGUUAGAGAAAGCGAUUCGAAACAAGAGCAUAUACUUGAACGCGCUGCACAAUUGUCGGAAGGAGUUGGUGGCUUGGUGCACUGAAUACUUUUUUAAAUGAGUCAACCAAAAUAAAUGCACAGCUUGAGACAGAAAUGAACAGAAUGAAAAGAAAAGAAUAUUGAAGGGGGCAGGGGUGAACCAAAUGAAGAUACUGGCGGUUAAAUCUGUGUGAUUUAUAAGUCAAACAAAACAUGGAACGAUGCACAUUGUCACGUCAGUUUCGGGGUUUUUUCUGUGAAUUUCAAUUAGAUUUAAUCUAAGAGAAUUGGAACGUUUUGGUACAAUCGCGGAUAAAUACAAUACUUAGUUUUGUCUUGCCUUCGUUACCGUAUGUUGUUGGUUGUUAAUUCUUGUUAUCAUAAACCUGUUUAAUGUGUAAAUUAUUAUAGAAAUGAAAAUGAUUAGUU